AUGACGGAGAACGGGCGGUGGCGGGUGCUGUCUUGGGAGGAGGUGAGUUGCCCGGAUCCUCUCCGUCGCCAGGGAGGGGACUUCGGAGAUGUGGCGCUGCUCCAGCUGGGAGGGCGACCCGCCACCCCUCCGCUCCCGGGACUGCCCGGGUGGACCUUAGGACCGGAGAGCCCCCCCCCCCCGCUCACAGUACUCGCCCUUAAGAGGACACCUGAUCGGGACCUGGCUGCUCCUCUAGUCCUUCCGUAUAAGGAGCAUCGCAGACAGGCCCCCGAAACUGCCAAGGGGCUCCGGAGCGGUCCCUUGCCCUGGGCCCACGCGGCAACCCAGCUCCUCUUCCCCGCAGUAGUGGCCGUGGCGGCCCCGCCCGUCGUGCUGAGCGCCGUGGGCUUCAUCAGGGCCGGAAUCACCGCCGCUUCGCUAGCGGCCAAGAUGAUGUCCGCGACUGCCAACGCCAACGGGAGCGGGGUCCCCGCCGGCAGCCUGGUGGCCACGCUGCAGUCCGUGGGGGCAGCUGGACUCUCCACGUCAUCCAAAAUCCUCCUGGGCUCUGUUGGGUCAGCUUUCAGAGGCUGGUUUGGACGUUCAAAAAAGGCACCUCCCUCUCCCCCAGAAGAAGCCGAGGCUGAAGAGAAAGAGCCAGAAGAAAAAGAAUCCCAAGUUGAACCUCCAAAACCCCCAGUGGGGUCAAAGAAGCAUGAGAAACAAAGAUCAUGUGCAGACACACCUCCCUGACUGUA